AUACUCUUUCGCGAGUCUCCAACCGUCGUUGCGGCCCACAAUAUAAUACAGCUCUCUGAAAAAGGUGCAGCUCUAUAUUAUAGUCCUCCAGUCGGUGGGCUGCAGCUCCAAGGAAGGUGUCGCGGGGGGCAGCAGCGCGGUUGAGUCUGACGAGAGAAGAGAGUGGGACGUACUGCAUCACGACACGAGAGAUUUUUCCACACAGGGGCAGCAGUACGCGUCCCUCCGCUCGUGUAACUGCUACGUCGACAGUAGGACUGCUCGAGAAGAUGAUGCUGAUCCGUGCGGCUGACUCGGCUAGGAAAAAGUGCCGCGGUGAAGCGCGGACAGCGAUUGUUGUUGUGUCCGCUGCCAAAUAAGUCCCUCAGCGCUGUAGUUGGUGUUCUGGAGAGAGAGAGAGAGAGAGAGAGAGAGAGAGAGAGAGAGAGAGAGAGAGAGAGAGAGAGAGAGAGAGAGAGGUAUAGCUUGAGCUGCUGCUGUGCCUACAGCCUAUACCUAUACUCUUAUAGUCUUGUGUGUUCGGCUCGGUUCUCGUGUACUGCGCGAGUAUAUCGUAUUGUAUUGCUCGCGCUACUCUGCGCGUCGAGUGUCUGUGGGAGAGAAGAGAGCUGAGUCUCAGCCUCUCGUCGCGGCCUGGACCUGACCAGGACUAUGGCUUCGUCUACGAGGAGGUCCUGGAAACUCCAGGACUUUGUUGCCCACACUUCAAAUGUCAACUGUCUCUCACUGGGACACAAAUCUGGAAGAGUUUUGGUCACUGGUGGAGAUGACAAAAAAGUCAACCUAUGGGCAGUUGGGAAGCAGAAUUGUAUUAUGAGCCUGAGUGGUCACACAACACCGAUAGAAUGUGUUCGGUUUGGUCAAACAGAAGAUUUAGUUUGUGCAGGCUCACAAACUGGAGCACUAAAAAUCUGGGACUUGGAGCAUGCCAAAUUGUCUCGUACGCUUACUGGGCACAAGCUGGGAAUUCGUUGCAUGGACUUUCAUCCUUAUGGCGAAUUACUGGCAUCGGGUAGCAUGGAUACUGCCAUCAAACUGUGGGAUAUCAGGAGGAAGGGCUGUAUUUUCACAUACAAAGGCCAUGACAGGAUGGUGAACAACUUAAAAUUUAGUCCUGACGGCCAGUGGAUUGCCAGUGCUGGUGAGGAGGGAAUGGUGAAACUAUGGGAUUUAAGGGCAGGACGACAGUUACGAGAAUUCUCAGAUCACAAAGGACCGGCGACAUCAGUAGAAUUUCACCCGCACGAAUUCCUCUUAGCUAGCGGUAGUACGGAUCGUGUCGUUCACUUUUGGGAUUUAGAAUCCUUCCAGCUUGUUUCUUCCACUGAGCAGGCUAACGCUGCUCCAGUCAGAUGUAUAUUCUUUAGUCACGGUGGUGAAUGCCUUUUUGCGGGAUGCCAAGAUGUGUUGAAAGUUUACGGUUGGGAGCCGGCGCGAACUUUUGAUACUAUACCAGUAGGUUGGGGAAAGAUUCAAGAUAUAGCAAUUGCUCAAAAUCAACUGAUUGGUGCGGGAUUCCAUGCUUCCAAUAUUGUUUUGUAUGUAUGCGAUUUAAAGAAAACUUCACCACUAGGAAACGAUACAACGGCCUCGCCAUUUUCUUAUGGAAAUUCUCUACGAAAAAGUUUUUCGAAAGAAAGACCAGCAAGUCUGAAAAAGCACACUAUGGAUGUAAAAACUAUCGAAGAAGAUAAAUCCGGCACAGAUCCCGAAGAUGAGGUGACUUUUGAUAUACCAAAUGUCACCGAGUACAGAGACGUUUUUCAGCCAACACGAUCGCAAAUACCGCUGCAGUCACAAAUGAUUCGAAGUCUAUCGAACUCGAUGUCAAGUCUACUAAGUGCAGACACCGAAGACAACGAGAACAACUUGUCAUCAACAUCGCCAGGACCGAUAUCUGCGUUAUCCAAACCGAUGCCGGUUCGUGUUCAUCCGAUCAAGUCGACACCGCUGAUACAAAGGAGUCCGAUUCCUCCUAUCUCGUCGACAAGUCAAAUCCGAGCGAACCUGCAAGCAAAUAGCAAAAAUUCGAAGAAUCUCGCACCAGUACCACCUCUACGUCAGAGUUUGAGUGGAUCGACGACAAAUCUCUCGUCGACCGGGACUAGUAGCACGAAACGAACACCGUCGUUGAUGCCGCCGCCAAAACCUCUAGGGCCACAGCGAUCGAAUACAACGCUGACGCCGAGAAAUGCGCCGAUGGCUGCCGUCUCACCAGUGAUGGAUGAUGGCAAGCUCAAAUCUAGAGCCAACAGUCCGGAUUACCCCAAGCACCUGCUCAAACGACAAAGCAGUUGCAAGGACGGCGAGCAAGGUUACGAAAGCGACUUCCCAGUCAAAAUUCAUAGCCUCAAGCACAGUCCCUCGGAUCCUCAGCUGAACAGGCCAAACACAGCCCAGUCGCGCACCUACGGCCGAAACUUCGUAGCGUCGUCGACUCCGCCGUUGUCGGCGCGCAACAACAAUCACCACAACGGCCACACCAAUGGACCAGCCUCGGCGCGCAGGCCGCCGCCGAAUAAAGCUCAGGUCGCUCCUAGCCCCAAAACUGAGAUCCGUGUGGCCCAGCUGAAGCCUUCGGUCAUGCAACAGCAGGAGACACCGGACAAGCAUCAUGUCGAGAUUAUCUCGAUGACGUCCGACAAGCCUUAUGGCCUCGACGUCGACUCGUUCCUACCGAAAAAUUAUUCCGGGCAGACGUCGCUGGAGUACGGGCAGAUGGGAGUGUUCGCCGAGAUGUCGGAGGCUGAAGUGCUGAACACGAUGAUGCGCGGCCACGAGUCGAUGAUGGCUGUGCUGACGAGUCGGCAACGAUCGCUCCAGAUAAUCUACUCGCUUUGGCAGAACAAGGACAUGAAGUCGGCCGUGGACUCAGCCGUGGCGAUGAACGAGCUUUCCGUGAUCGUCGAUCUUCUUGGAGUUCUCGUUCUCAAGCCAAACAUGUGGAAUCUGGACCUUUGUAAUUCCUUGCUGACACCCAUCUAUGACCUUCUGCAGAGCAAGUACGAAAUGUACGUGACGGUCGGAUGCUCGGCGCUUAGGUUAAUAUUGCGGAACUUCUCUGCCGUCAUCAAGUCCAACGUCGAGGCACCGCUCAACAGCAUCGGCGUCGACGUGCCCCGCGAGGAACGGUACCACAAGUGCGUGGCUUGCUACGACAAGCUCCUGAUGGCCCGCAGCAUCCUCCUGAAGAAGCAGACGAUGCCAGGAAAAUUAGGCGCCACUUUCCGAGAACUGGGCUCCCUCAUCAGGACACUUGAGUGACGCCGAGCCUCGAUGCCCCAGCCGGCGCUACGGCGUCGCCGAGACCGCGUCAAGUCCUUCGUGGUCCUGCUCCAGGAAAGCUGAGGAGCCAGGACAACGAGUCCUUCGCUGGCACUGGCCCGAAGAGCCGGAUCGAAGAGAGUACCUCGUAUUGUUGUAGCGAUAUUUUUAGUAAUCCAGCUGGCGCUGCUCGUUCAAAUAGCGCGCGGGAAACGCUAGAGAGAGAAAAGUAUUUUUUCAUGCCGUAGGAGGAGCGACGACGACGACGAUGAUGGUGAUUGAGGAAAGCCAAGAGAUAGAGUGAGCAGUGCGCGCGAAACAGAAGUAAUUGUAUAAAAAUGCCUUAACAAACUACAUAGUGAUCGAUGACUGUCUUUAUUUAAGUGUUAUUUAUUGACUGUUCGUUAAAGCGACACAUCGAGACCAGAGCGUAGACCGAUACCUGGCUAUUGGUGUGAUCAGCGAAUUUUUUCUAUGAAAAAUUUUUGUCUUUUCUCUUGGGAAGAAUGAUACCGAGUGUUGCGCACGAGAGAUAGAUGUACCGAAUCACGAGUCGGUGACGGUGAUGAGAGAAUGAAAACGUUACAAUGUACAUUCGAUUUUGCCUUUUUUGUUUGUUUGUUCCUUGUUUUUAAGCCGCGUAUUUCGAUUCGACAGUGCCUUAAACAAAUGGACGGAGAUGUGGAGAAGGGAAAAGACUAUCGGAGAGUAGUUUUGAUUUUCUUCGGCGGGUCGAAUCGACGCCGUCUCGGUGACGGCGAAUACAAACGAAUUAACGAAACGCACUCGCCUCGCUAUCUUCCGAGAUUUUGAGACUCGUUCUUUAACGACUGCGAUACAUUGAGAGAUGAAAGAUGUCGUGACUUUUAUCUCUCAAUAAUGUCUAGGGCGCACACGUUUGCCAUUAUACUAUACUAGAAUUUUCUGUUUGUCUUGAAGUCGUAAGUGUUCCAGAUAUUUCACUCAAACAACCGUGUUGAACUUUACAAAAAUUACUAGACUGUAGGAGAGAAGAUGAUUAAACAAAAAAUUAUUGUUUAAAUGCAUUUAUGCAAACAAACGUUCAUAUUUUAUGCCGAUUUCAAUCAAGUGGUAGUAAUUGCAAUUACAGUGUUAUAAACAUUGAUUUCAUUGAUUUUUACUAUGACUAGUGCCGCUUUUAUAAAGGUGUUUUUGUCUAAAAUUUUGUGUAAUCAUUACUAAUAUUUACUUAUAAUUAGCCAAAUGUAUGUAGCCACUUGAGAAAAUCAAAUUCUAAUACUAAUAUUUGAGUGAAUCAUCUGUGAUAGUCACGAUGAAGAAAACACAUUCCACUUAUGUGAUUUCGAGAAAAUUCUUCAAAUGAAGAUUAUUGAAAUUUAAAUUUAAUUCGCACUUCAUAAUUGGAAAAGUGUUUUAACUGAAAAAAAUGUUGGAAAAUAAUCGAAGAAAAAAUAAAAUAGACACCGCAUGCUGUCAAAGUGAAUCGUGUAACUUUGCUUUACUAGCGAAUUGCUUAUUUCUAUACGUUUGAUAGAUCUUUUUAUGUAGCGAGCGAUAUUGCAUUACUUCGAAUAAUGCGUUUCAUUUUUUAUUGUGUUGUUAAUGCCAAUACAUUGUAACGUGCUGAUAACGUGAUUUUGUAAUUUUUCCAGUCUUUUUUUUAAGAGAGAAUACCCCUAGGUUAGAUUUUAUCGACCAUGUUAUAUUGCAAGAAAAUCAAAGUUUUAUUCAAACUUAUUCUACUAUUUUAAGUAAGUCGCGCAUUAGGUAGAUUUUAAAGAGUUUUUUUAAUCGUCAAUAUCAUGAUACAGGGCCCAAUAAUUAUUUUAACAAUCAUCGACUGACUUUGUUGCAAAGCUAGUUUUAGUUUUUCGUUUUAUUCUCUUUUUCUUUUUUUAAUAAUAAAAAACUAAUUAGUCGACAUAUAGAUUUUUUAAGAUUAAUCGAUGUAUUUCUCGAUUUCAAGGCAAAACGACGCAGCUUUUUAAUCGAUUUUUACAUAAUCAUACUAAAUACCGAAUUGUCUUGAUUUAUGAGGCGAAGGGAAUCAGGAUGGAAGCGAAAUUAUGAAAAUUAACAUCUUUGUAUAUUCUGAAUGAAACAAGGAAGACACGACUGCAAGUUAUAUUAUAGUAUUACAAGAUGGAAUGAGCUUUGCCGAAAAACGCAAAAUGUAUAAAAUAUAUCGUAGUCAGUAUUUUUCAAUUAUUUCGUCAAUGUACGAAUUCGAGUAAAUAAACUGAACUGAGUUAAUGGAAACUUCAAAACUUGUAUUCUCAUGUAAAAGUUGUAAUCACAAAAACUAUAUAGUAUCGGAAUUAUAUCCUCAAGUAUCGCUCCAACACUCUUUGACAAAACGCUUAUUAAGGUCUACGACAAAAAAAAAUGCAAUUUUUCUUUUUAACUUCAGUUCUUUUGAUUGAUUUAGUGUCUGUUGUUUCUAAAUUUCAAAGUGCAAAAGUAUUUAUCAUUAAUAUAUCUGAGCAAUAAAACUUGUACGUAAUAUUUAAUAUCAAUUACAAGCGAAAAAUCUUGUUUCAAGUACGAAAUAUCAGUGACAUUAAUCCUAUUUUCAAGUGCGAGAUAUUACAUCUGUUCCGUCCAGUGUAUUUUUAUAAUGUAUAAAAAAGCGAAUGUUUCGUGAAAAAGCGACUUUUGAGCCUUUCAAUGGCGAAAUUGAAGCAUCAUUCAUCCUCAUUGAGAAGUUAGAAAGUCAAAUCUUUGUAUGAAUUUGCGAGUACAAGUAAAUAAAAAACGUCGACUGUACUUAAAAUUGUUGCUGUGCAAUCGUGAACGUCUUUGUUCUCGCAUACCUGCAACAUAUACGCGCUCUUUUGAAAAUUAAUGUUCUUGAUAAAGAUACAUAUCUCUAUUGCUGAAACUAAUCCGUGUAAUCUAUAGGAUAAUUAGAAGAAACAAUUGUGUCAAUUGUAGUUGAUACAAUAUUUACUGCUAAAAAUUACAAUUUGAGACAGUUCUUCGAAAGCACAGCGACUAUGUGACCUAACUAUAUAUACAUACGAUAAGCAGUAGAUUAAGAUUAUAGAAAAACAGAAACAACUUUUAGCAUCAGAACUAGACUGAAAUAGAGCGUUUGAUCGUAGAGGGUUUGGGGAGAGUCUUUAGUUGUUUAUUCCGCGAUAGCUUGCGAAAAUAUAAAAGAGCUAACUAUUUACCUUUUGUUUAAUCGUAAUAACGCCUAACGUAUAAUAUAUCAUGGGUGCGGGAGCAUGCCAUAAAGCUUGUUCUGAUGAAUUUCUCGUUUCUUUGUCGAAGGAUGGCCUAAAAAUAACAAAAACUAGCAACUAUAUAAACGCAUUGUUUUGCGUAUUAUCGUGUUUUGAAAAUUAAAAAUGUUUUGGCUUUUUUUUGUCUUUUGUUUCCGUGGUAGUUGCGGACAGAAGAAAAAACGAUAUAUUUGUUCGGCAAGCUGUAACGAGAAAAACUUGCCUAUUAUUGUUUUCCAGAUUGUAAAAAGUUAAUCGUAUUCAACGUCAUACAAAAAAUCAAUAAUAAAAAUGUCGUUUAAUUGCCAAUAA